AGAGAUAUAUCCUCAAAUGCAUUUGUAGAUUUCCAGAAACUAAUUGAUGAAGAUAUAUAUGGUACAAACUUUUUGUUAGAUGAAAUUCGAGAAAUUCUAUUCAUUUUAAACACUGAAUCUUAUAGGUACUAUGAUUUGACUUUUAAAUUUUAUACCGAAAUUACCUUGGUAUUUGUUUCACAAAGCCAAAUAAGAACUCAUUUUGAUCUAUUCCUUAAUAAACCAUCAGAAAAACAAGAUUUAGAAGAAGGCGCAAUUUUAUUUACUCAUUGGCAUCAACCUUUUAUCGAAAUUGACGCGAUAACGAACAUAACCAAAGUACUAGACGAUAUAGCCGAUGAUGUCUGGAGUCGAUUUUUAAAUACUCACACUUCAAUCGUUUCAAAUCAUUUUCGCGCAAAAUCAUCUACUCGAACAGAUUACCUAACUUUUGUUAAGUUCGAUCCCGCGAAAAGGCUAAAUCGGGAGUAUACGCUCGAACUGUUAAAAUACGUUUCGACUUAUCUUUAUUGCGAGUAUGGAUUCCGGGGCGAUUACGAUCAUGAAAAUUGGAUACAAAAUUCUUUCAUUAACCAAGUCUUGGAACGUAAGAUGGGGAUACCUAUCACGCUAUCGAUAGUUCAUAAAUUAAUAGCGCGACGCUUAGAUAUAGAGUGCGAUAUUAUCGAUUUCCCUCGGAGAGUCAUUUUAAGAUAUUCUUUUGAAAAUGAAGCAACAAACGAGGAUGUUAAUAGAAAAAAAGACACUUUUUUCAUCGAUCCUUUUGAUGAUGGUAAAUUUUUGACAUAUUCCGAACUGCAAAUGGCAUCAUUCGUAGAUCAUAUCCUCGAGGAAACUGACUUUAAAGUUGCCAGCACGAAAAAUAUCAUUCAGAGGUUAGCUAGAAAUUUGAUAGCUAAUCUAUUUUCCCAUCCCGAAGAAAAGGAAAUCUUUCGCUGUUUUAGGUUUUCCGUGGAAUGUUCUUUAAUCACUAAUCCUAGUGAUUUCGAAAUGAGAUUCUUGCUUCUCAAACUUUAUCUUUACCUGGGCAUCGAACUCGAUAAAGUUCUCGAAAAUUUGAAGGAGCUCUCUAAUAAAGGACUGCACGAAUCUUUAUGCAAAUCGCUUAUGACUGAAACCAAUGAUAAAUUGAUCGCUGACAAUAAUCGAGAGCUUCAUAUCGUUAAAAGAUCUGAUCCCAUAAAUGUCGACGUUUUAUAUUCGAUCGGGAUGAUUAUGACGCAUAAAAAGUACAAAUAUAUAUGUGUUAUAAUCUCUUGGGACCCCUUUUGCAGAGCUAGCGAAGAAUGGAAAAGACAAAUGGGUGUGAAUAAAUUGCAAGAGAAUGGAGAAUACCAACCCUUUUAUCACGUUUUGGUAAAAGAUGGAACCACCCGUUACGCUGCUCAAGAAAACCUUACUUUUGCUCCAGCUCCCUGUUUUAUAACCCAUCCAGACAUUGGAAUGUAUUUUGAGGAAUACAAGGGAUCCCAUUACACGGCGAACUUAAGGAAAAAAAUGGAAUACCCUGAAGAUGAAGAUUUUACUGGUCGGAUCACCAACGCUAAAUACUCUCCGUUAGAUAUGCAAACUCGUGUAUAUGCUUUGAAACCUUGAAUAAAUAUAAACUACUUUUGAUUAAAGUCCUCCUAUUUUAUACUUAUAUAUUACUCAAAUGAUACGCGUAAAUAAUUCGUAUAUAAUAUAUUAAUUUAAUAAAUCAUAGGCUUUUAUUAUAUUCGA